CCAAAUCUCUGGUUCAGCAGCAGAAAUAUGGCUUUCAGUGGAAAAUACGAGGUUGAAAGUCAACAAAACUAUGAUGAGUUUAUGAAGGCUAUUGGUAUUCCAGAUGAUGUCAUUGAAAGAGGAAGAGAUUUCAAGUUUACCACAGAAGUUGUUCAGAACGGCAAUGACUUCACUUGGUCCCAGAUAUACCCAGGCCACACUAAGACCAACAAGUUCACUGUAGGUCAAGAGUCAGAAAUGGAAACUGUGAGCGGCAAAAAAUUUAAAGCAACUGUUCAACUUGAAGGUGGAAAACUAGUUUGUGGAUUUGGAAAAUAUCUUCACACAUCAGAGAUAGCCAAUGGAAAACUGGUGGAGACAUCAGUGGCUGGUGGUUUAACCUUUGUAAGAACUAGCAAAAGGCUGUCCUAAAGCAAGAAACUCAUGGUUUAUAUUGUAUUCAAUAAAAAAUAAAAAAAAUUGAUGAAGAA